CCUUCAUUCAGACACCUCUCCCAGACCAAUGCCGUUUAGUCCGAUGCAAAAGUACAAACCGGGCUUGCAUUCGAUCACUUACGUGACCACCCCAAACGAAAGCUCCGCCUUGGAACUGUCUAGGAAGAUGAUUGAGCGCAAGCUGGCCGCUGGCGUGAACAUUGUUCCCGGAAUGGUCGCCAUCUACGAGUGGGAAGGCAAGAUCAAGGAACACCAGGAGAUACUGAUGAUGAUCAAAACGCGCAGCUCGAGGGUGGAUGAGCUGUGCGAGUUUGUACGGGAGAAUCAUCCGUACAGUGUGGCAGAAAUUGUCUCGGUGCCGAUUGAAAACGGGAAUCCGGCGUACCUGACGUGGCUGAGCAAGGCCGUGCCGGAGGGGAAGAAGUAACGUGAUAAGUUCAGG